AUGAGGAUAUGGAAGAGGGCGGCCGGAGUUCUCAAGGACAAUUACAGCAUUUUGGUGGCGAAAUUUUCGCCGCACGGCCACCCAGAUCUGGAGAGAGUGGUGAUAAAGGCGACGAGCCAUAACGAGCAAUGUAUGGAUUACAAGAGCAUACAAAGGGUGUUCCAAUGGCUGCGAAGUUCGCCAUUGUACCUGAAACCUCUUCUCUACACACUGUCAACGAGGAUGGAAAAGACUCAUAGCUGGGUUGUCGCCAUUAAAGGACUAAUGCUCAUCCAUGGCGUGUUCUGUUUCGACCUUCCAACCGUUCAAAUGCUAAGAAGGCUUCCAUUUGAUAUGACACACUUUAGCGACGGUCACUUAAACCCCGAAAAAGCGUGGGGAUACAACGCUUUUAUCCGUGCCUAUUACAGUUACUUGGAUCUCAAGUCAUCGUACGUUUGCGCUCAGGCGGCGAGGAAGCGGAAGCCGGGGAAGAAAACGGAGGAGACUCUGGCGGAGGAGUUACAGAAUUUAGAGAAACUUCAAGGUUUGAUCGACGCGAUCCUUCAUGUGAAGCCGCGAAAUCCUUCCAUGCACGUUGUGCUUGUUCUUGAAGCCAUGGAUUGCGUCAUCGACGAGGUUCUUGAAGUUUAUGAUAGCUACUGCAAGGGAAUGGAGAGAGUGAUUCUAAAAAUUUUUGAUAUGGGAGGAACGGUUGAAGCCGGAACCGCGCUUCGGAUAAUCGAGAAAGGCGAAAUGCAAGGCGAUAAACUCGCCUUGUAUUUCGAAUUCUGUAGGGAAAUUGGGGUUCUUAAUGUUUCUGAUUCUCCCAAGAUCUUGAGGGUGGCUGAGAAAGAUGUAAAAGAAUUGAAAGGAAUAAUUGAUGGUGUGAAUGAGAAGAAGAAGAAGGAUAAGAACAUGGAUGAAGAAGAUGAAGAUGAUGAUGUUGUUAAGAAGAUGAAUGAAGAGAUGGCAAUUGUUGUUAGAGAGAAUGAUUUCUUGAUGAAGAAGACAGUGAUUACUGAUCAGUGGGAAGUGUUUGAUGAUGACGUGGCAUUUGAUCAAAUGAGCAGUGCUGUUGUUGUUGCUGCUGCUGCUACUAAUAAUUAUAAUCCAUUUUUGGAACUGGAUUCUUCUUAUAAUAGCAUUGUGCCUUAUAAUCCUCAUCAACAUCAUGUUCUUCCAGAUCUAAUAAGUUUUUAA